GUUCAACGGAGAGUGGUGGGGGGUGGGGAGAAACCGUCCACGGCGCUCGUGCGGCGGGACCACGGACUGCCAUCAAAACCACAAUCAAACCACGAACGUUUCAGUCAUUCACAGUUAAAUAAAUGAUAUUUUAAUAUAUAUAUUUUUGAAAAGUGCAGUUUCCCGAUCAGUCAAUGCUUCCAGGACUAUGUUGCAAGAAAGCGGGAACUUGAUUUUGGAUGACAGGAGGAUCUUUGCAGGGUUAUCGUUAUUUCCAUUGUUUUGCAUCUGGUGAAAUAGUUUUAAGGGCAGGAGAAGGAGAGAGACUCGGUCGCCUUUCUCGGUGGCCACAACUCGGUCGCCUUUCGCCCGCUCUACUUGGACUAACUGUCCCUAUUUUUUGUUGUUGUUGAGCGGGGCACCGAGAAGAGCCUAGCCGUCCCCCGGUGCAGCGUCACGGGAGUUGUAGUUCCGGUGCUGACGGGGCCGCAGCGUCGGCGAUGGCGGGCAGGUGGAAUGGGGACUACAAGUCCCGGCGUGCCCGGCGGGUCGCCAUUUGUAGGCUGCUGAACGUCAACACAGCAAACGCUCAGUAAAUGUCGCCGUGUGAACUUGCUGGAAGAGACCAAAACACGACAUGAGGAAACUAAAAAAUAUCUGACACCCGCUCCCUCCCCCCCCCCCCUUCUCUGCGGGGAACCCCUCUUCCCGAAGGCGUGAAUUGUUUAAGCAUCGAUGGAGUGACAACCAUGGAUUACGAUUUUAAAACGAAACUGGCGGCGGAGCGAGAGAAAGUAGAAGAUCUGUUUGAAUAUGAAGGUUGCAAAGUGGGUCGUGGUACCUACGGUCAUGUUUAUAAAGCAAAGAGGAAAGAUGGGAAUGAGGAGAAAGAGUACGCUCUGAAACAAAUCGAAGGAACUGGCAUUUCCAUGUCUGCGUGCAGAGAGAUUGCGUUGCUGCGAGAGUUGAAGCACCCGAACGUGAUUGCCUUGCAGAAGGUAUUUCUUUCACACAGCGACAGAAAAGUAUGGCUCCUGUUUGAUUACGCCGAGCACGAUUUAUGGAUGCACCAGCCAUUUUUGUUCCACUGUCAUCCCUGCAGGCGCCCGAAAAGUCGACACAUUAUCAAGUUCCAUCGUGCCUCAAAAGCAAAUAAGAAAGCGGUGCAGUUGCCUCGGGGAAUGGUUAAAUCACUGCUUUAUCAAAUACUUGAUGGAAUUCAUUAUCUACACACAAAUUGGGUUCUGCACAGAGACUUGAAACCGGCAAAUAUCCUGGUAAUGGGUGAAGGUGCGGAGCGGGGGCGUGUGAAAAUAGCUGACAUGGGAUUUGCCAGGUUGUUUAAUUCUCCGCUGAAACCUUUGGCUGAUUUGGAUCCAGUGGUGGUGACGUUUUGGUACCGUGCGCCGGAGUUACUGCUGGGAGCCAGGCAUUACACAAAAGCAAUCGAUAUUUGGGCCAUUGGGUGCAUUUUUGCAGAACUGUUAACAUCGGAACCCAUUUUCCAUUGUCGGCAGGAAGAUAUCAAAACGAGUAACCCUUUUCACCACGAUCAGUUGGAUCGUAUCUUCAGCGUUAUGGGCUUUCCUGCAGAUAAAGAUUGGGAAGAUAUCCGCAAAAUGCCUGAAUAUCCAACCCUGCAGAAAGACUUCAGGAGAACAACUUAUGCAAACAGCAGCCUGAAUAAAUAUAUGGAGAAACAUAAAGUCAAGCCUGACAGUAAAGUCUUUCUUCUGCUGCAAAAACUCCUGACCAUGGAUCCAACAAAGAGAAUCACCUCAGAACAGGCUCUUCAGGAUCCUUACUUCUUGGAAGAACCUUUGCCAACAACAGACGUGUUUUCCGGCUGUCAGAUUCCAUAUCCAAAGCGGGAAUUUCUAAACGAGGAUGAACCGGAAGAGAAAGGAGACAAG